AUGGCACCAGUCGAUAUUUCAUUUAUUCAUUCUGAGCUCGUUGACAGGGAGGAAGUUGCUCGUGUAUGUGCAACUACCCUUCCUGUUCGUAAAAGCAAGUACAGUCAUCUGGCAGAGAAAGCGGUCUCCGAGUUCCAGCAGCGGUGGCAGGAGGAAAUCGGGUUCACAUAUUGUGGAGGACGUUCUCCGAAGGGCCCCGUUACUGCCUUCUUUCCACCGGAAAGUAAACAAGAUCGUGUCGAGGUUUUCACAAAACUCAUUGAGUACUUUUUUGCUCAUGAUGGUCAGUUAUUGUUGAUACGAUUGCUAUCAUUGUUGUUUCCACCUUCUCCCCGGAGCCUUGAAAUGUGCUCGGAGCUUCCGGAAGUGCUGAGACGCAGUUGGAUGGGGCAUCCGCAAAGGCACGAUCAGCAGUGUCCGAACCAGCGCAAUGAAACACAUUCAGUCCGAAGUUUUUUGCGUCUUGUAGAAAUCGACAGGAAACGCGGAAAUCUCAUUCUUCGAGCUAUCAAGAAUUUAUCCCAGGUUCACGAGACGAUAGGCUCUCGGGGUCUCAAGACUUGGGAUGAUCUAGUGCAGUAUCGUGUUCAGGAUUUCGGAGCAGAAUUGAAUCUUAUGUCGAUUAUCUAUUGCUGCGAGCUGAAUCUCACCCAAAGAGAUAUUGACACACUGGAAGAAGUCUGGUGGCCUGCGACUGCGGCGGCGGCGCUGGUCAACGAUCUGUAUAGCUUCAGUAAGGAGGUCAUCCUGGAGCUCGGCACGGAUACAGAUACAACUAUCACGACGCCCAACUCAAUUUGGUACUUGAUGAGAACACUCAACUUGACCGUUUUCCAGGCAAAAGCCUUCCUAAUUGACAAGAUUGCACAGCUGGAAAAAGAUUUCAUCGCGAGAAAGUCUGAGUAUCUAGCCAAGAUGGAUUCGAUGACUUCCAGAACCGACGAUGUCCGUUACUUCCUGGAGGUGGUUGGCCUAGGUUUAUCUGGAAAUUGCCAAAUGAAUUCCUUUCGGUUUAAUGUCGCGAACAGGGAAACUGACCAUCUUGCCGAACAGGUUCUCCAGCAGCCUAUCCAUUAUCUUCGGAGCGUACCAUCAAAGAAUAUAAGAGGCACCAUCAUUCAAGCUUUAAAUCUAUGGCUCAACGCGCCAGAAUCGGCAGCAGCGCAGGUAGAAGACCUGAUCGGACAUCUGCACGAGUCGUCGCUUCUGCUUGAUGACAUCCAGGAUAGUUCCGAGCUCAGACGCGGUCGGCCAACUGCCUAUCGCGUCUUUGGGGUACCACAGACUAUCAAUGCUGCAACCCAUGCACUUACUCUGGCGUUUGAGAAGGUUGUCCCACUAAUGAAGCCAGACAGCUCACACUUAUUCUUCAAUGAGCUGCGCAACCUUCACGUUGGACAAGCGAUGGACCUCUACUGGGCACGUUCUGGAUAUCGUCCUUCGAUUGCAGAGUACCUGGAAAUGAACCGGCUGAAAACCGGCGCACUGUUUUGCCUCGCGAGCAAUCUAUUAUCCUAUCAAGGGUCAUUUUCAACUGGAACCAUUAAGCAAACUGAUUUGAACGAUCUUAUGAUCGUUCUGGGUCAGUAUUUCCAGGCUCGAGACGACUAUAUCAAUCUGGCAUCAACCAAGUAUCAAGAGCAAAAGGGUUUCGCUCAGGAUCUCGAUGAAGGCAAAUUGUCGCUUCCAUUGAUACACCUUUUGACACAGUCGCCCAACGCGGCACUGAUCGAGAAUAUCCAGCAGGAACGGGCGAGGAACAACAAGCUGCCAGCUGAUCUGAAGCAGCUGAUCUUGAAUGAAAUGCGUGAUCAGAAGAUUCUGCAGCUCACCGAAGAGACACUGAAGGGUUUAGAGGCCAAGGUGUACCGACACCUGGAAAGACUGGAAGUUUCCGCUGGGAUCAAGAACUUUACGUUCCGGUUCUUGCUGGAUAGAUUGAGGGAGAUGUGACUUUUGUAGAUUUCUG